CUUUUAGAAGCCAGGCGACAUGAUGGAAGAAGGUGGCGUUACCGUUUGCGUGAGAGUGCGGCCACUUAUUGCAAGAGAAAAUGAAGAUCUUGUUGAUGAAAAAGGACAGGUUUCAUGGAAAAGUGAAGACUGCACUGUUUCACAGAUAGAUGGAACCAAGUCAUUUGUCUUUGAUCGUGUGUUCCACUCUAACAACAGUACAAAGGAAGUCUACCAAGGUGUGACUGCUUCUAUUAUCAAGUCGGCAGUUCAAGGAUAUAAUGGCACUAUUUUUGCUUACGGUCAGACAGCUUCUGGCAAAACGUACACAAUAUUGGGUACCAAAAAAGGGCCAGGUAUCCUGCCAAUGGCGAUUAAUGAUGUUUUCGAUACAAUCUGCGGAAUUCCAGACAGGGAAUUCCUGCUCCGUGUAUCAUACAUGGAAAUUCAUAAUGAAACUAUACAAGACUUGCUAUGCAGUAACAUUAGGAAAAAGAAGUCCUUGGUAGUUCGUGAAGACAUCAAUAGAACAAUCUAUGUUGAAGAUCUGAAUGAAGAAGUAGUGGUUUCUCCAGAGGAGGUUAUGAUCUGGUUGAAGAAAGGAGAAAAAAACAGGCAUUACGGUGAGACAAAAAUGAAUGAAAGAAGCAGCCGUUCUCAUACAAUUUUUAGAAUGAUCAUUGAAAGUAAAGAAAAGCAUACUUCUGGCUCAAGUGACGAAGGAGCUGUAAUGGUUUCUCAUUUGAAUUUUGUAGAUCUGGCAGGAAGUGAAAGAGCCAGCCAAACAGGCGCUGAAGGAAUUAGACUUAAAGAAGGAUGUAAUAUUAACAGGAGCCUCUUCAUCUUGGGCCAAGUCAUCAAGAAACUUUGUGAUGAUCAGUCUGGAGGCUUUAUCAACUACCGGGAUAGUAAACUCACAAGAAUUCUACAGAACUCCUUGGGUGGAAAUGCCAAGACUCUGAUCAUUUGUACAAUUACACCAGCAUCUUUGGAAGAAACUCUUGGCACGCUCCAGUUUGCCAGUACGGCCAAAAAAAUGAAGAAUACCCCAAAAGUCAAUGAAGUUCUUAAUGAUGAUGCUCUUCUAAAGCGAUACCGUAAUGAAAUAGAAGAUUUGAAACGCCAACUGGAAGAAGUUUCGUCACAUUUUCAUACCAAAGACCAGUUAGCACAACUCUUGGAAGAGAAGAAUUCUGUUCAGAAAGAGCAGCAAGACAGGAUAAGAGCGCUGACAGAAAUGUUGGUGACCUCAUCCUCUUUUUUACAAGAGCGGGAGCUAAAGGCUAAAAAGAAGAGGCGUGUGACCUGGGCCCCUGGGGCUGUAAGCCAAGAUGGGGGAAUGCCUUUCUUAGAAGAUUUUCCUAGUAGACCUAAACGCUUUAAAACUUCUCUAUCUUGUGUCACAGAGAUGGAAGAAUCUGUCUCCUCGGAAUUCUCAGAAUAUGAUGAUCAAUGCAUGACAGCCAGUAUUAUAAUGCCUGAGGAAGAAUGGAUCCCAGGAUCUGAAAGAAACUUUACUUCUAAAGACUUUACCGAGUCAUUUCAGCUUUGCCAAAGCCUCAUGGAAGAAAGGGAUAACGCCAUCACUGAACAGCAAACCAUAAAAGCAAAACUUGAUAGUGUGUGCUUAGAGAAAGAACGGCUGGUCUAUGAACUCACAGAGCUGCAUGAGAAAAUGUCAACCCAUGAGUUUGUAACCCUUGAGAAACUGACUUCUGAAGAGCAGGAGAUGCAACUAAUGCAUGAAAUUACCAACUUAAAGGCUAUAAUUUCAAAUGCAGAAAUAUACAAUCAAGACCUUCAGCAAGAAAUAAACUCGAAAGACAUGCAGUGCAAGGAACAAGAGGAAAGAAUCACCGCAUUGGAAGAGCACAAUAAAAAACUUGAAAGACUUGUAGAAGAGUUAAAAAAAGACAAAAAUGAUACAACCAUUUUAGUACAAACUCCAAGGAAAAACCGCGACGAAAUGCAAGAGUUAAAGCAGUCUCUCAGAGAUGCUGAAGCAGUUGCCUUGGAUGCCAGGAAAGAAUCUGCAUUCCUCCGAAGUGAAAAUCUAACACUGAAAGAAAAAAUGAACCAGCUCUCAGAUACUUACAAUCAAAUGGAAAAAGACUUUGGAAGCUACAAGACCCAAUUAGAAGCAGGAAAAGUCAACUAUAAAAAAAUGCAGUCUGAUCUCCAGAAAGAACUACAAUACUACUUGCAAGAAAAUGCAAAGCUGACAUCGUUGGUGGAAGUUAACAAUUCAAAAGACUUGCUACCAUAUAUGGAGUUGGAAGGGAAAAUGGAGGAUUUAAAAAAUGAGCUGAAUAAAGCUUUGGAAGAGAAUGUGAGCUUAAAGGAAAAGUUGACUGAUUUAUCAGAAGCAAACUUUGGAUCAGAUCUUGAAAUCUUACAUAAAGAGAUUGUUGAAAAAAAUGAAACAAUUGCUUUGCUGAUGUCAGAAAAGGAAAUGUUGCUGUCUCAAGUUGGUGAAAAAGAGAGAAUGGUUCAUGAAGCAACUCAAGCACUGGCAUCGAAAAUGGAUUUAGCAAAUGAUGAAGUAAUAAGAGGAAACACCGUAGCUUUUGAAGAACUCAGACAGCCAUGUGAUAAAUUGGAGCAGAAAUCCUUGGUUGUGGCUGAAGAAGAUAAAUCCAUGAAAACACAAAUAGAUUCCUAUUCCAAUGGUAGUUUCAAUGCAUCCAUCCAUUAUGAUACCCAAGAGCAAUCUAGCAAAAAUGAAGAAUUACAGGAGAAGGACUUGGAGCAAGAGGAGCUGAUCACUCUUCAAAAACAACUGGAUGAAGCUCAUCAAAAGUUGAGUGAAAUGGAAAAGCUCAAGGAUCAGUUUAAGGCUUGGGAGUCUAAAAUGGAAGAUGAAGAGGCACAAAAGUCAGACAUGAUGGAAAGACUUCAGGAGGAGAAAGAAAAAAUAAGAGCCUUGACCCAAGAAAGAAAUGACUUCAAACAAAAACAGGAAGCCCUUGAGAAGGAGAGAGAUCAGCUCAAAGAAGAUAUACAAGAUACUGUUUCAAUGAAUAUUGAAGCCCAGGAGGGGUUCAGGAAUGCCCAGAAUUCUUUGAAGCAGUGUCAGAAGCACAUCAAAGAACUUGAAGAAACAAUUGCAGAAAAAGACAAACAGAUUUCAAGAAUUAAGGAAACUUUAGAGAUCACAACUGAUGAUCAAAAAAAACAGAUACUGAAAUUAACAGGCGACUUGAAAGACGUCUCUGUAAACAAAACUCAAAAUGAAGAAGAUACAAAACAGAUUGUGCUAGAAGUCAACAAUGAACUUCAACGAAUUAAGGAGCAGAUUACCACUCUCCAGCAAGAAAAGGUGGUGUUACAGCAUCAACUGGAGGAUUUGGAAAAGGAAAAGAAUCAGUAUCUAGAAAGCAAUCAAAUGCUACAAACAAAGUCCUUUAACCUGCAGCAGUUGCUCCAGACAAAUCAGAAUGCAGAAAAUUUUGAUGACUCAGAGCAGCUAAAAAUUAGCUGCUUUGAGUCUCAAGUGGAAGCCCUGCAGAAGGAGAAAGCUGAGCUGGUUCAGAAGCUUCACAGCACUGAAGAAGACAUCAAAUACAUUGGCCAAGAAAAAGAGCAUCUGAGAACAGAGGUAGAGGUUCUUCAAGCUGAAAAGGAUACCAUGACUCAAACUGUCCACCGUCUAGGUGAGACUCUAGAGAAGCUGAUUCCAACGGUAAGAAUUCAAUUGCUGCCACCUUUGGGGAGGUACUUUUUUAUUGGAUUAAGAUUUAAUUUAAAUGUGGCUUGA